AGUACUUCUUCUAUGCUUACACAGUGGAGGUGUAGAGAUCAAAUAAAGACACUGGGAAACUGGUGGAAGUAGCAGGGGUGGCCUUCUAUCUUUAUUUUCACCCCUGCUGUCCUAGCCACAUGUCUGCAAGCAGCCACUACAUGGUGAACACUAUUCGUUCUACCAUAGGCUGGUGACUAACUAACACUACAGCACUUCUGAUCAAGAGAAGGAACAGAGAAAGCGGCAGUCCUCCCCUCACCUCCUAACUGAUGUAUUCCCCUCCCCGCACUGCUGCUGUAAACAACCGGGGGCAUUGUUUCGAGGUUGGAGCUAACCAGCUUGACCUUGUCAUGGAUUUCGACGAGCCAAUCCUUUUUCCUGUGCACAAUGCAAGCUUGCAAGAGGGGAUUCAGUUUUACAAUCCUAUCAGUGUAUCCAUGUUCCAACACUCCCCAGAUUCCCAGCUAAGUAGAAACAUGAGCAUUGACAAGUGUUUAAAGGGCAGUAAAAGAAAGGGCUCAGGCGAGGGCAGUUCAUCACUUCAUUCCCAAGAGGAAACUGGUGAAAUGCCUGAGAGAGAAAUCAGCAUGGAGCAUGCUGGAGAGAAGGCUGGUGAUGCUGAUGCUAGCAGGGAGGACUACGUGCAUGUCCGGGCAAAACGCGGCCAGGCGACCAACAGCCACAGCCUUGCAGAAAGAUUUCGAAGGGAAAAGAUCAACGAAAGGAUGAAGCUUCUCCAGGACCUCGUCCCGGGAUGCAACAAGAUUACAGGCAAGGCCAUGAUGCUCGACGAGAUCAUAAACUACGUGCAAUCUCUGCAGCGGCAGGUAGAGUUCCUCUCGAUGAAGCUCUCAGCAAUCAGUCCCGAGCUGAGCUCUGGCCUCGACCUGCAAGAUAUCCUUUGCGCACGAGAUGCUCGAUCCGCAUUUCUGGGAUGCAGCCAGCGAUUGAGCAAUGCCCAUCCUAGUCUGUACAGGGGGGCUCAGCAAGGCUUCUCACGUCCUGGUCUAUAUGGUGUGACUGUCAAUAAUCCAGCAGAUGUUCACAUGGCAAGAACAACUCAGUUGGCCACAUUUCCUCAACAGAGGGGCCUUAUCUGGGACGAGGAACUUGGCAACAUCGCUCCGGCUGAUUUCGCUUCAGACGCCGUUCGCACCAGUAGCCUAGAGAACUCUGAUUCGAUGAAAGUGGAGUAGCUAGUCACUGGUCAGCAGCUUGUGAUGAACAAUUGACACGCCUGAAAGUCCCGAAAUGAUAGCGCGUUGGACUGUUAAUGGAGUCAUGGAGAGAUGCACUCUUUCAGGUUGUAAAGGCUGCACAGGUUUUCCUUGGGCUGAGAGUUUGGUGGUUGUCAAGGAGAACUCCGUAGUCUACUCAUGUACAUUUUGACUAAUCGAAGGGACGAAAGUUUGGGAUCUGGUGUGCUCUACUGUUUCUACCUGGGUUAGUUUGUGUAACUGGAUUUCCUGCCUAAUGGGUCUACUGGAUUAGUUGUCCCAUUUUUAACUUUCAUUUUGAACUAGCUGCAGUGUAUACUCUCAUCUUUACUGAACUACUCCAUUCAACAACAAAUACUUAUU